AACAUAAAAUAAAUUUGACAUUAUGUCUAAGCGUCCAGAACUUAUGGCACCACCUGAGGUGUAUUAUAAUGAAACAGAAGCAAAGAAGUAUACACAAAGCUCCCGUAUGAUAGAUAUCCAAGUACAAAUGUGUGAACGUGCUAUAGAACUCUUUUUACCUGAAGAUCAAUGCUGUUUACUUUUGGAUAUUGGUUGCGGAUCAGGUCUUAGUGGUAGCGUAUUGGAAGAUCAGGGACACUUAUGGAUUGGUGUUGAUAUCUCUUCAUCUAUGCUUGAGGUAGCUAAAGAUAGAGAAACGAAUGGCGAUUUGAUCCUAGGAGAUAUGGGUCAAGGAUUGCCAUUUAAGGCUGGUGCAUUUGACGGUGCUGUCAGUAUUUCUGCAUUGCAGUGGUUAUGCUAUGCAAAUAAGGCUUCGCACAAUCCUACAAAGCGUUUGUAUCGUUUCUUUUCGACGUUAUAUGCAUGUCUGUCAAGAAGCGCCAGAGCAGUAUUACAGUUCUAUCCAGAGAACAGUGAACAAGUUGAAUUAAUUACUGCACAAGCUACAAAAGCUGGCUUUUUUGGUGGUGUGGUUGUCGAUUACCCAAAUAGUACAAAAGCGAAGAAAAUGUUCUUAGUUUUAAUGACUGGAGGAGCUGUUCCACUUCCAAAAGCACUAGGUACAGAGACUGAAGAUAGACAAACCGUCGCUAACUCGAAAAGGGAAUAUAUUAAAAAUGCCAGAGGUAAACCAUUGAAGAAAAGUAGAGACUGGAUAAUAGAAAAAAAAGAGAGGCGACGACAAGGAAACGAAGUGAGAGUUAAUACUAAAUAUACUGGACGAAAAAGAUCUGGACGAUUUUAAGGUAUACUAAAAUAUAAAGUAUUU